AUGGCCGAAUCCAAAUAUCAUCUUUCCUUGACAAUUACAAACGUCAAAUCCCUUAUUCCGAUCACUUUAGAUGCCGACCAUGGAAUGUACCACUCUUGGGCUGCCUUUUUCAAAGUCCUUGUUAGGUUUCAUGACCUUUCCCACCACAUCAUACAUCCUACGGAAGCAAAUGAACGAGCAGCAUAUGAAGCUUCUAAGGCUGCGGACUUCGCUUUUUGGAAGCGUUUGGAUGCUGCAGUGCUUAAUUGGAUAUACAACUCCAUUUCCCCUGCUCUUCUCAUAGCUAUUCUCCUCAAAGAUGACACGGCUGAAGGUGCUUGGACUCGUCUCGAGUCUAUGUUCCAGGAUAAUAAAGCUUCUCGUGCUUCACACCUUGAACAAGAAUUGGCCGAUCUUGACUUUGAGAACUUCUCUUCAAUUGACGGGUAUUGCAAUCACAUCAAAUCUCUUGCCGAUGUUGAUGCCCCAAUUCCCGACACCCGCCUCAUUCUGAAAAUGAUAUCCGGACUUCCCGAGGCAUACGCUAGAACCGUGGAUUUCCUUCAAAAUCAGGAGCCCCUUCCUACUUUUGAAAGCUGUCGAUCACGUUUGAAGCUUGCCAAGCGAACUAUAAAGAACCGUUUGGCAAAGGAGGGUGGAUCCUCCAAACCACCGACGGCUCCGUGCUCUUCUUCCUAG